CAUGAGCGGUGGGGGCUUCUAGUUUAAGCCAAUAGGCAGGGAGGAACACUAAUGUCAUUCCACUGUGACAGUGGAGGAGCGGCGCAGAUUUCACCGUGCCGCGCUGAAGCGACUGCGAUGCGGUGACGGCACGUAAAGUCACAUCGCCCCUUUCCAGAUCAGCCAGUUCCUGGGUUUUCAGCGUAUCGCUUUGCACAAGCUCUUUGUUCGAUCCCAGCGGAGCUGUGGUUGCCUUUUUUUUGCCCCCCCUCCUCUUAAAUUUUCUUCCUGGACUUUGCAUCUAACCCAGAUGACACCCUCUGCAAUCUUCUUCCGCUUCACCAGGAGUAUUGGCUCUGGAUACGCGGUUUGCUGCGACUGAACUCUUUUCUUGUGAACAGAGUCUGAUGAGCCUGGCAAGUGCAGCCGGACCAGCUGUCCACCUCCAACGUGGGAAACAGCAGAGGGACUUUAUGAUGGACCAGAAAGUCAGUAAGCUAACCUCUGGCUUUCAGCGCAGCUCUACGUCUGACGAUGACUCGGGCUGUGCACUGGAGGAGUAUGCCUGGGUGCCACCUGGCCUUCGACCGGAACAGGUGCAGCUGUAUUUCUCCUGUUUACCUGAGGACAAGGUCCCCUAUGUGAACAGUCCGGGAGAGAAGUUCAGAAUCAAGCAGCUCCUCUACCAGCUGCCACCACACGAUAAUGAGGUUCGUUACUGUCAGUCACUCAGCGAGGAAGAGAAGAAGGAGCUGCAGAUGUUCAGUCUCCAGAGGAAAAAGGAAGCACUGGGAAGGGGAGCUGUGAAACUGAUGCCUCGCAAUGCUCAAAAUGGCAUUUGUGAGCAGUGCGGUGAGGAUAUGAACGGCGGGGAAAUGGGAGUGUUUGCCUCAAGGGCGAGUCCUGGGCUGUGCUGGCACCCAGCAUGCUUUGCCUGCUCAACAUGCAACGAACUGCUGGUGGAUUUGAUCUACUUUUACCAUGACGGAAAGAUCCACUGCGGAAGGCACCAUGCUGAGUUGCUCAAACCACGCUGCUCGGCCUGUGACGAGAUCAUCUUUGCUGAUGAAUGCACAGAGGCGGAGGGCCGUCACUGGCAUAUGAAGCACUUCUCCUGUUUUGAAUGUGAGAUCAUUCUUGGAGGGCAGCGUUACAUCAUGAAGGACGGUAGACCGUACUGUUGUGGCUGCUUUGAAUCGCUCUAUGCAGAAUAUUGUGAGGCCUGUGGAGAACACAUUGGUGUUGAUCAUGCUCAGAUGACCUACGAUGGGCUCCACUGGCACGCCACCGAGAACUGUUUCAGCUGUGGCCAAUGCAAGAGUUCUCUCAUCGGUUGUCCUUUCCUGCCACACCAGGGUCGCAUUUACUGCUCCAAGGCCUGUGCUCUUGGGGAAGACGUCCACGCCUCUGAUUCUUCCGACUCCGCCUUCCAGUCAGCGCGUUCACGUGAAUCCCGCUGCAGCGUUCGGUUGGGCAAGAGCAGUCGCUCAGCUGACCAAUGCAGACAGUCACUCCUCUUCUCUCCCUCUGUCAACUAUAAAUUCCCAGGAAUUAGUGAAAAUGCUGAGGACACCUUGACAAAAAUUACUCACUUGAACUUGUCAGAUGAGCAUUUGUGGAGGGAGCGCGGCGAGGAGGCCGAGGUACCGGAGGACCAGGAGGAGGAGUGGGCUGAACAUGAAGACUAUAUGACUCAGUUAUUAUUAAAGUUUGGCAAUCAUGGAAUUUUUCAGCAAACUACUGACUCUAGACCCACAGAUUUCUGGAUAGCUGAAAUGGACGUUAAAUCCAAGCAGGAGUCAUCAAAAAAAAAAGGCUUGGUCAGUAAGAAGUACCAGGCCGACAUGUACUGGACACAAUCACAGGAUGGCUUGGGGGACUCUGCGUACGGUAGCCAUCCGGGACCAGCGAGCAGCAGGAAAAUCCAAGAGCUGGAGCUGGAUCAGAGUGCCGGAGGAGGUCUACCUGGAGAGGAGCCACAGUGGUACGCCAACUCUUUGGAGUGCAUCACAACGGAGUUCAAGAAAACUGAUCAGAGUGCUCGGGACUCCGUGGAGUCUCUUGCUCUCUCCAAUAUCACUGGGGCUUCGGUAUGUGGUGAUUAUAAAGCAAGGUCUCAAGUGUAUUCUCUCCAGGCACUUCAUGACUAUGAGGCAGAGGACUGUGAUAAAACCAGCAACAUGGGUACCCUCAACUCGUCCAUGCUACAUAGAAGUGCAAAUUCCCUUAAAAGUCUGGAGGAAGAUGUUACAGAAGUAGCAGAAGUCCCAUUGCAGGAAAGGCCAAAACCUCACGUGCCUGCCCUGAGGAGGGCACGCUCACAGUCUAGGCCCCAGCAAGUCAAGUUCUCAGACGAUGUGGUGGACAAUGGCCAUUAUGGCGACCUUCCGUUACGUCAGCCCCCUAUGAGUGAACGAACUCGCAGGAGAGUGUACAACUUUGAUGAUCAGGGGCACAACCUUCAAUCUGGUCGCCAUAGUCACCACCACAGGAGGCGUCGCAGUCGCAAGUCUCGAUCUGACAAUGCUCUUAAUCUGCUACCCAAGGAAAGAGCACCAGUGUGCUACAAGAUGCACCAUAGAGGCAGUUCGCUUGGACCAAAGGGACACCAAGUCUUCCACGGUCACCUCAAUCCAGCAGCCAUGUCGGACUACAGAGUACAGGGCCCGGAUAGGGGAAGGUUCUUGGGAUUGUAUGGCGAUGAUGAUGACUGGUGUUCUACAUGUUCUUCUUCAUCUUCUGAUUCAGAGGAAGAAGGCUUUUUUCUGGGACAGCCUAUACCUCAGGCAAGACCGCACAGACAUUAUUACACUGACGACUUGGCCAGCCCCAUUGCAGGCAAGUCUGCUCCUCCUUACGACCAGUGGACCAAGUCCAAAAAGAAAAAAGGACGAAAAGGGAAAAAUUGUAUAAUUUCAUAGGCUUUGCUGAGCUUUAUGUAAUGCUGCCACUCACAAUCGUUUCUUUCAUUAAUCAUUUAAAGUACAAUAGCAGUUUGCUUGCUAUAUAUUGCCUCACAGCACUCACUUUACCCAGGUAGUGGUGUUGGAUACUAUAUGUCUGUGGCAUUACAAAACAACCAGUAAAGUUAUUUUAUUGUAAUACAUAUUUAUAACACACAAUCUAAACAGUGCUAGUGCUUAUUUAAAAUGCUAUUGUGAUAUAUAAACUGCUGAAUGGAAAAUGAGAUUACUAUUGAUGGUCUUUGGAACAAAUAGCAUAGAUCCCUAAACUACUGGUAGUUGGUUCGGGAUCAUUAAAUGUGGAUUUAAGCAGCCUGCGAAUCUUCAAUUGUGUUGCUUCCAGGCUUGCGUGAGUAAUUCAAAAGCACUGUGUGUAUUACACUGCUUCACCAAGGAGUGCACCAAUGGUUUCAUUGUAUCGCAACCAUUGAACAUAUACUGUGUCAUUGUACAAACCGGAAAAUAAGGCCAUAAUUGAUAACGGUAAUAAAAUAUGUCUACAUAA